AUGGCCGCCAGCGUAAGCGACGAAGAGGUGGACGCUCAGGAAAUCGUCAGCGUAAACGAAGGGUGUGUUGACUGUCUUUCUUUUCUUCUCAUCUCAGUCGCACCUCCACUUUUGCGCAUUCUGACAGACUUUAAGGUCCAUCAUCUCCAAGAGUGGUUGCAAGAGCGGGAUACCUUUCUUGCGGAGGGGAUCCGCCGCGAAGGCCUUCGCCACGAAGUUUAUCCGUCCACUUGUUCAACGUGCCAUACCGGCGCUGCCAAUCUUAUCUGUACUGAGUGCACGGGUAGCCGACUUCUGUGUUCACCAUGUAUGCGCGAGAAGCACAAGAACCAACCUACCCAUCGCAUCAAGCGAUGGAAUGGGACAUUUUACGAGCGUCAUAGUCUAUGUGACACCGACUUGGUCGUUCCACUCGGCCACGAUGGCUGUGAUUGUCCAAAUGCCGGCUCUACGCCUCUGUCGACCACCCUCACUGUCAUUGACCUAAACGGUAUUCAUCAAGUUCGCGUCCACUUCUGUACAUGCACCGGCGCUCCUCGGCGAUGGGUCCAGCUCUUCCGCGCCGACUGGUGGCCUUGUACUCUGGACCGGCCUAAGACUGUUGUUACCAUGCGAUGCCUGAAUCUCUACCACGCCAUCUCGCUCCAGGCAAAGACCAACGCAACCGAUUUUUACAACUCCCUUGAGCGUAUGACGGAUUCAAGUGGUCUACACCCACCUCCGCCUCGAAGAGAAGAGUUCGGAUUAUCGGCGCGAUUAUAUCGCAAUUAUCGCAUGGCAAAGCGUGCCGGGAGGGCGCACGACUCCGAAGGCUUUCUCGGCAGUACAGAAGGGGAGUGGACCAUUGAAUGUCCAGCUUGUCCUCAUCCGGAUCGAAAUUGUCCGGAGAACCUUGAUGAUAUCCCUGAAGACCAACGUUGGUUGUACUCCUCACAUUUUGCUGUCGAUGCCAACUUCAAGCUCAAACAAAAGAAUCACGGCUACAAAGAUCUCGAGCUUUCGCCCGGCUACGCGUACUUUGUAGCGCCAGAUACUUACACGGAGUUUGCCAAGGAUUUCAAGUCCGAAGUCGAGAUCAAGGCAUGCGACUCUCAUUUCUCCGCUAUCGACCAUGCAAAUACCCCGAGCGCCGCUAGAUUUUCUGUCAAUGGGGUGGGUGCUGUUGUCUGUGCUCGACAUUCGUUCUUUCAACCGCACGGAGUCGGAGAUCUGGAGCGAGGCGAACGUUACUGCAACAUGGGCUAUAUGCUACUCUCCGUAAUCCGGCUGACCUGCGCUGACUUUCGACGCCUCAUCAUCUCAUACGACAUCGCCUGCCAGUUUUCCAAGAACUUUGCAAAACGUAUGGCCGACUUUCCGGUGGAUUUUCGAAUCGAUGUUACAGAGAAGGAGAUCAUAAUGGUCGUUCCGAAAUUUCACCUGGCUGGGCACGGGAGACCAUGUCAAGUUAUAUAUUCAUUAAACUACACAACAGGUGUAGGGCGAACUUAUGGGGAGGGAAUCGAGGCUAACUGGAGUGAGACUAAUACAGUAUCCCUUGCAUCCCGAGAGAUGCCCGCCGGCGCUCGCCACGAGUUUCUGAACGAUAUCUUCGGUGCUAUCAACUGGCGAAAGCUGACAACGCUAGGUGACCAGCUGGAUAGAUCGCUUCGGGACGCAGUAAAAGGCCUCGCAAAGAAGAAGCCGGAGUAUGAAGAACUGAGGCGAACCUUCAGGGAGACGGUAGUUGCAGAGUGGGACCAAAAGAUAGAGGAGUGGCACGGUGACCGCAAGAAGGAGAAUCCAUACGAUGAGGUUGUACACGAGGUGACGUUGAAGGACGUACAGUUAGCCUUGGCUCAAGAGGAGGCCGCUGACAUCGGGAGGGGUAAUCUGGCGCCACACGAAACCAGUGCAAGCAAGUUUUUAAGCGUCGGCAUCGACCUUCAGGAGCAGCAACGCGCUCUCAAGCGUCGUUCGGGUUCAACGGGCACAACUUCGGCCAAGCUCUCAAUUCAGAACACACGAAAUGCUUUGGAUCAUCGACUGAAGCUGUUCCGAGGUGUCCAAGCGGUAUACAUGCCCGUCGUCAGCUCGCUCAUCGCACAGGCCGAGGCUGCGUCCACAGACACGUCACAAGCAUAUAAGCCAGAGCUCGCGACAAUUUGGAUGCCGUCCGAGGUUCCACAAGGUCAUUGGGUGACAGGGUUAGCGGUUGGGCUCGCAGAGAAGGAGAAACGCCUUCGGGAGGCGGAGGCAGAUGAUGCGUUACAUCAGGUCCGCCGCACACUCCGCAUGGAGAUGGGCCUUUUGCACUAUAAAAUUAUGCAGGUCCAUGGUCAGGGAAAUGUGAAGAAUACACGCGCGCAGAAGAUCCUCAGCAACCUCGCAGAAAAGCGGCAGAAACAUGUAAUGCGUUACCGACACGCACGAAAUGCUCUCGCCACUCUGGACCCCGAUGGGACAUGGAAGAGUCGCCUCCUACCGCUUCACGACUCCGAUAUCAAGACUCCAUUGGACGACGAAAUAGCAGAGGAGAGGAAACGGCGCGCAGAGAAACGAGGUCAGAAGAAAACAAAGGACGGAGCGAGUCGGCUGGGUGAAGGGGCACGAGAGGUACCAUGGAUAUGGAGGACGACUGCUCACACGGCAGACGAUAUGCCAAACCUCGAUGGUGCGGCAACAGACGAUGAUGCUUACCAAGGUAUGCUUCCGGUUUAUGCGAGGGCAAAAGCACGUUACAAGCGUUGGGAAGAGGAGAUUCAGUGGCUACGAGAAGAGAUGAGGCGGAGCGUGGAGUUUCUGAAAUGGAAGGGCGCAUGGUGGGCUUCUCGGGCGUAUGUUUGGAGGCGAGAAUCGGAGGAUCUGGAAUCUGGUGCAGUUGCCUAUGCUCUUCGCCAGAGCCAGGUAUAUAUCGGGCUCGCCGAUGCGUUCAAAGUCAAGUGGUCCAAGACCCUCGACGCCCACAAUUUGAGCAACGGCAUCGAGUGGUGCGAGUUUCAUACAUGUGCGCCACAGCCACUCGACGCCACACGGGCAAACACGGUUCCCGCCGAUUCCACGUUGGCACUUCGUCACACACCAGACAAUACCGAGGAGGAACCGGACUUUGAGAGCGGUAAUGAAGGGGUUCCACCGGAGGCAGAGGAUAAUAAUGAGGAAAAUGAAGGGUAUGAGGAGGGUGGAGGCUCAGACGAUGAUGCACAUAGCGCGAGAUCGUCAGAUCUUUCUGAUUAG